AUGCAAAGGUCGAAUGGGAGGCAGCAGCAGAGAUUUUGGACAGCUGUGGCUGAUGACGCUACAAGCAAAGCUGAAGAGCCGAAAAACACAUAUACAUCCGCCGCCGUCAUGUCUGGAAGCGCGGGUUAUGAUAGACACAUUACCAUCUUCUCCGAUCAGGGUCGAUUAUACCAAGUCGAAUAUGCAUUCAAGGCCAUCACCGCGGCAAACAUCACAUCAGUGGGCGUCCGAGGAAAGGACUGCGCUGUAGUCAUUUCGCAAAAGAAGGUCCCGGAUAAACUCAUCGAGCCCUCCUCUGUCUCGUACAUCUUCAAGCUCUCUCCGUCCGUUGGUUGCGUCAUGACAGGAUCUAUUGCAGAUGCACGAGCGUCCGUGAACCGAGCCCGUGGCGAGGCUGCUGAGUUCCGUUAUAAGUUUGGAUACGAAAUGCCCUGCGAUGUCCUGGCGAAGAGGAUAGCCAACAUCAGCCAAGUCUACACUCAGCGAGCUUAUAUGCGUCCACUGGGCGUGGCAACGACCAUCAUCUCGCUUGAUUCUGAGUUCGGCCCCCAGCUGUAUAAGUGCGACCCUGCAGGAUACUACACCGGCUACAAAGCAACCGCCUCUGGUCCGAAGACACAGGAAGCUCUUAACUUCUUGGAGAAGAAGCUGAAGAACAAGGAUCAUGCUGAAGGCAGCUGGGAGGACGUUGUCGAGCUGGGGAUCACGACUUUAAGCACGGUUCUCUCUGUCGAUUUCAAGAAGGGAGAGUUGGAGGUUGGCAUCGUAGGAGGACCCAGGACGGACGGCUCAGAGGGCACGGACCCGCAGUUCCGCGCGUUGACGGAGGAGGAAAUCGACGAACGACUACAAUCGAUCGCAGACAAGGACUGA